AUGAGUUCCAACGAAACAAAUUUAUUAUUAUGGCCAUGUCUUGAUUCAUUACAUCUUAAUCCAUGGAAUCUUUCAUGUAUAGCAUGUCGUUUAGGUGGUGGAAUUAUUUUGAUUAUAUCAAUUGUUUGUUUUAUAUUUAAUAUUCGAUUUUUAUUUACUCAACGACGUCAAAAUACUCUUGUUAUAUCAUUAUUCUUAGCAUCACUUUUAGUUAUAGUUAUAAGUGUACCACGAGUUCUUGCACAAUUAUUUGCAUGUCGACGUCAAUGUUCAACAAUCUAUUGUCGUAUUGAAGGUUUUGUUUCAUAUGUUAGUGGUUGUGUAUGUAUGCUAGUUUUUACAAUAUUAUCAAUACAUCGGUAUAUAUCUUUAUGUUCGUAUCAUAAAUUUUUUUCAUAUAAACUUUCAACAUUUAUAUGUUGGUUCUUAAGUUUUAUAUUUGCAUUUCCAUUAGUAUUUGAUUAUUUUAAUUCAUAUAUACCUGAAGGACUUGGUUUUCAUUGUAGUAUUAAUUGGCAAGAUCAAUCAAAUAUAAGUCGUUUGUAUAUAUUAUUUUCAUUUAUUCUUAUGUAUUUCUUUCCAUUAUUAAUACUUUUUUUUGUUAAUUUUCGUGCUCAUUUCAUUGUUCGUCAUAUUUAUUCAAAACAUUAUUUAAAUUCAUCAUUUCUUCAAUAUUCAUCUCAAAUAUCAACAAUAAAAAUUCAUCAACGAAUACAUUAUUUUGAAAUCGAUAAUCAUAAAUAUUAUAUACAUCAAGCUAGUGAUCGAAAACGUUUUCGAUUAGAUUAUCGAUUUUUAAGAGCAAUUAUAUUUCUUGUUAGUAGUUAUAUACUUGCAUGGACACCUUAUUCAAUCGUUGCAAUAUCACAAUUAUUAAAUAUCAAAUUUAUUUUUCAACGUACAGUUUUAAUAACAUUAGCAGCUUUUAUUGCUAAAUCAUCUGUUAUUUUAUCACCAUUUGUUUAUUUAAGUGUUAUGAAUAAUAGACUAUUUAAAAGACUUUUAUUUAAAUAA